AUGGAUUCUAUCAUCAAGGAUUUGCGUGAGACCAAGCUCCAAGCAAGCGACGAGAGCGAAAAGAAUGUCCAGAUUCCUUCAGAUGCUGCCAACGCCCAACCUACGCCCACAGCAACGCCAAUCCCUGUCGUUGUUCUUGCAUCGGGCUCUCCAGUCCAGAAUGCAGCCGGCCUCAGUGCCGAUGACGACGUCUUUGGUGCUAUGUCCCGCGUUGCUGCGACCACCAACGUUGCUGCCGCCCCCGCCAACGCCAUCGACAUCGCUCCAACCGCAUCGACCUCUGAUGAUAGUGCUCCGAAUACCCUCGCUCACAGAAUCCUGAACAAUCUUCGUGCUCCUGCAGCCUCCCAUGGCUUUGCACCUCGACCAGACAGAGUCAACCAAAUCCCCACAGCAGCUAAUGCCCAGGGCUUAUUCCGGCCAGAUGCUCUGAUUUUCGUGGCGAAUCUCAGUAUGCGCCGAACUGAAGAGGAAUUGGAAAUGACCGUGCAUCAUGCGUUUGACGCAUACGGACCAAAUCACGUCAGAAUACACUACGACCGCAACAAGCAUCCCUAUGCCUUCGUGCAAUAUGAGACUGCUGAGGACGCCAAUGCCGCGGUGUCGGGUGCAUUUGGCAUGGUACUCGAUGGUCGCAAAAUCCGCAUCGAACGCGCAAAAGCAGAACGAGCUGUCAUCCUCAGCAAAUUUGACGGGUCAAACGUCACUGAAGCCGAAGCACGCAGCAUUCUGGCAAGAUUUGGUCCCAUGGAGAUCGUCGCUCCUACCACAACCCCCAACCGCCAUGGCACAGGCACUUCCACCGGCAUCUACGUGCGCUUUGCAUACUACCUGGACUGUCGCGAUGCAUUGAGACUUUUUGAUAACCAUAGAAAUACCUACCGACUCUUCAUUGCGCCCAGCCUAGAACCUCGCUUGCACGUCGGCCCUGAUGGCCGGUCGGUAGUUCGCGGCUUCCAGCAGCCUCGAUCGGCAAUCGACCAGAAGUCAAUCUACGUGGGAAACCUGCCCGAGGGAACUAACAAGGCCGAGUUGGAGCAGUAUUUCAGUGCAUUUGGCCAUAUCUUGAAUGUCAAUGUCAUGCGCAAGAUCUAUGAUGGUAGCAUUGUGAACAAUUUCGCGUUUGUGGAAUUCGCCCACCAGCAUGAAGCCAUCCAAGCGGCCGCUGGCGAACGUCAUUUCCAUGGCGUCAAACUUCGCGUUGAGGCCAAGGAGUAUUCUGCACGUCAUCAAGCCCGUGUGUUGCCGGUCGGCGUCGCCGCCAACGUUGCGGCCAUCGAAAAUGGCCGAAUGGCGAACGUCAUGGACAAUUCCAACGUUCGCUAUAGCAAUAACGUUCGCGGUCCGUAUCGACAUGUUGAACCUGCUGUUGGCGUCUACGACCGCCAGAAUCACAUCACACCGCCCGCCAACGCUAUGUAUGGAACGCCUAUGCAACAAGCCGUCAGACCUGAUUUCGGAAUCAUGACUCCUCCUUCUCAACAUGGCAUGCAGAUGCCACUCAAUCAGAUGCUGCCAACUGGAAUCUUCUCUCCUACACCUUCCCACCUUGCUGACGGGCAAUACGCCUAUCAAGGCCUUCCCUUUGGCGCUGCCCCUGCUGGCCCAGCCAUCUACUACCCUCAGUCUGUCCCUACCAUCCAGGAAACUGGCGAGGAGACCCAAUACGAGGGUUAUGGUGGCGUUUGA